AUAACCACAAUCAAUAGCAGCCUUUCCAGCCCACAAAUACACAAUAUCAAAAUCUCCAUUUUCCCUUGCACAAAAAAUACACCAAUGGAGAGCUGUGCAUUGGCUCUUUCUAGUUCAACUCUAAAUCCAAACUUUCUUAAACAUGUUCAUCGAAAUAACAUACCGAAAAUCAUACCACUUUUGCAGUGUUGUUGUUCAUCUUCAUCAGCCGUCUUAUCAUCGUGUAACAACAACUAUAGAAGCACCACAAGUUUUACUACUUCAGGGCUCUACUCUUUUCGCUCUUAUAACUCGAUCUUGAAUGGUCCUUUUUUGUUUUCAAAGCAAAUUCACAAUGAUUUGGAGGUGGUUGUCAGGGCUGCUGCGUCUGUUCCCGCAGAAAGCUCUGACGAUUCAACGAGUCCGGCCAAAAUUGGCCGGACUUUACAACUAGCAAUAAUGUUUGGAGUAUGGUACCUAUUGAACAUCUACUUCAACAUCUUCAACAAGCAGGUUCUCAAGGUUUUCCCAUACCCAACGACGGUUACAACAUUUCAGUUCGGGUGUGGUACUAUCAUGAUUUUGAUUAUGUGGGCAUUUAAACUUCAUCCAAGACCAAAGCUUUAUAAGUCACAGAUUGUACCUGUCCUCAUGUUGGCAGUGGCACAUACAUUGGGAAACCUUUUGACGAAUAUAAGUCUAGGAAGAGUUGCGGUAUCCUUCACUCACACGAUCAAAGCCAUGGAGCCUUUUUUCACAGUUCUAUUCUCUGCCCUGCUACUUUCUGAGAGACCGUCAUUGUGGGUUGUGUCAUCUCUUGUACCCAUUGUUGGCGGUGUGGCACUGGCAUCCUUCACAGAGGCUUCAUUUAACUGGAUCGGUUUUGGCAGUGCAAUGGCUUCUAAUGUCACUAACCAAUCGCGUAACGUACUUAGCAAAAAGUUCAUGGUCAGGAAAGAGGAAGCUCUGGACAAUAUCAAUCUCUUCUCGGUUAUGACAAUCCUCUGUUUUAUCAUGUUGGUACCUUGUGCAAUCUUAUUAGAAGGCUUAAAGCUUACUCCGAAAUACAUGCAGUUCGCUGCAAGUCAAGGUAUAAAUGUAAAGGAGCUAUGUGUGAGAUUUGUCCUAGCUGGCUUCUGCUUCCAUAGUUAUCAACAGGUUUCGUAUAUGAUACUGCAUAUGGUAUCACCAGUGACACAUGCUGUGGGGAACUGUGUGAAGCGAGUUGUAGUCAUUGUGUCGUCUGUUAUCUUCUUCCAGACACCAGUUUCACCCGUCAACUCACUUGGAACUGGUUUGGCCCUCGCUGGAGUCUUCAUGUAUUCAAGAGUAAAGCGGAUAAAGUCAAAGCCGAAGACUGAUUGAUUGAUUGACUGAUUCAUGCUACAAGCAUAAUAGUUGUGCAACUCAGUUUUCCAUGGAAACAUUAAUUGUGAAUAUGGAUUGGAAGUUCACAUCCUCAAUUUUCCUAUUUUGGUUGCUCUUUGUUUGGAGCGAAAACAGGCAUUUGUACACCAUAAAGUAGAAAGGUUUAUAAAGAACUAGGAGUCAACCACCUUAAAGGUUAAUUAAAGAAGUAACAUGAUCUGCGUGUA